CUUUUAUUAUUAUUAAGGUGAUCAUGCACUUUCCUACUUCUUCUGCUAAUCAUGGUGCAUUAGAUGACUGGGGCCAGGUUCAGCCGAGUUCAGAUCCUGCACUUAAGCCGCGUGUUGUUCACAGAGGUCUAGAUGGCCUUCCUGAUAUUCCAGAUAGUGAAUGUGAGGAGGUCGACCAUCUUUGUUUCCUGGUUCACGGGAUAGGGUCAGCUUGUGAUAUGCGGUUCAGGUCCAUAUUUGAAGUUGUGGAUACCUACAGAGAUCUGACUGGGAAUAUAUCAGCCAAACAUUUUGCAGGAGCUCAUUUAGCUAGCUCGGCAAACCGUGUCGAGUUCCUCCCCGUGGACUGGCACAGUAAGCUGCACCGGGAGGACGAGGGGACGGAUAAUAGGCUGAAACCUUUAACCUUGAGAUCUGUUCCAAAACUACGAAGUUUCGUCAACGAUACGCUCCUUGAUGUUCUCUUCUACACCAGUCCUGUCUACUGUCAGACUAUACUAGACACUGUCUGCUCUGAGAUUAACAAGGUUUAUAAACUCUUCAAGGACAGAAAUCCAGAUUUCUCUGGAGGUGUGUCAUUAAUAGGACACAGUCUGGGUUCUCUAAUCCUAUUUGACCUGCUGUCAGGACAGCCUAGGACGGAAGAAGAGGAGGUCAAGGACAUCCUUGAAGGAGAAGAGGACCCUGGAGCCCAGGAUCUGAACGAUUCAUUCAAGGUCCCAGUUAAACCAAGAUGGGAUAGUGAGCUUAGUUUAGAAGAGGUUUUCAGUAAACUGGAAAUAUCUGAGUAUACACAAACCUUCAUAAAUCAGGGAAUAUCAAUGGAUGAGCUGGCAGCUUGCUCAGAAGAGGAUCUCAAGGAAGCAGAGCUACCUCUUGGUCCUCGUAAGAAACUGAUCAACUUCAUGCGUCGGCGCAAUGAGUCCGGUUUCCAGGAGUUUCAGAACAGUGCUGUUAGAAGUAGAGUAGACUAUACAGUAGGACCUGCAGGAACUGGGCAACCGUUUGUUCGGUAUCCGAGACUCGACAUAAAACCUGAAGCUUUCUUUGCGUUCGGUAGUCCUAUAGGGAUGUUCAUGGCAGUCCGUGGUAUUCAGUCAUUAGGUCCUGAUUUCAAGUUCCCAACCUGUGAUAGAUUCUUCAAUAUCUUCCAUCCAUACGAUCCGGUAGCUUACAGGAUAGAGUCCUUAGUAGGACAUGAGUACUCAGAUCUCAGACCUGUUCUGAUCCCGCACCACAAGGGUCGGAAGAGAAUGCACCUUGAGUUGAAGGAAACGAUGUCAAGAAUGGGAACUGAUAUCAAACAGAAGUUUAUGGACAGUUUAAAGGCUGUUUACAGCAUGGCGGGGACUUUGACAGGGUCACAAGCGGAGCAGACCGUGGAGGAGAUGGUAGACGACAGGGAGUCCAUCUCUCCUACACAGGAAUGUGAAGGAGGUUUGACUGCUGAGUUAAAUAAAGGCCGAAGAAUUGAUUAUGUUCUGCAGGAGGCUCCAAUGGAAUCGUUUAAUGAGUAUCUAUGGUCCCUGGCUUCCCAUCUCUGCUACUGGAGUAGUGAAGAUACAGCUCUUAUGGUUCUCAAGGAAAUUUAUAACUUAAGAAAUGUUUAUCCUGAUGAUAGAUUUGGAGAGGGUACUCAAUCCCGUACAGUACAACCUGGAACUGAAACCUAUUCGAGUAACUCUACGUAUUCAGCUCCCCCUACAUUUACACCAGCUCCACCUUCUAUAUCUGUCCCACCAACUUUUCCUUCUUAUAGUUCUCCGCCAUCCUUCCAACCUAUGACACCGUUCCCUCCAAUAUCUUCUACAGGGUUCAGUGGCACACCUACUAUUGGAUACAGUGCCACACCCACCACAGGAUACAGUGCCACACCCACCACAGGAUACAAUGCCACACCUACUACAGGAUACAGUGCCACACCUACUACAGGAUACACUGCCACACCCACCACAGGAUACAAUGCCACACCUACUACAGGAUACAGUGCCACACCUACUUCAGGAUACAGUGCCACACCUACUUCAGGAUACAGUGCCACACCUACUUCAGGAUACAGUGCCACACCUACUAUAGGAUACAGUGCCACACCUACUAUAGGAUACAGUCCCACACCCACCCCUGUCUCAAUUCCUUCUGGUCCCCCUCCAACUUUUUUCAGUCCUGCCAGUAUACCCGUAGCUCCAGUCUCAUCUACUACUAGAUCUUUAAUCUACCCUAGACCAGUUGGAACUGGGACCGGAACUGGAGGUCCGGGGAUGGAUCCAACUGCUCCUGUUGAGACUGACAAACCAAUUCCUCCUCCACCCAAGAUGGCCGGAGGGAUGAUGCAAUGAAAAUCUACUUCAAAAA